GUUGACAAGCUGCGUGAAUGCAAUGUCACAACACCAUCUGUAUAGGUACUAAUAGGUGGUGUUUUUGGUGCUCUUUUGCUAUAUAUAAACAAUAUCCAUGGUACACGUGCUGGAGGAGAGCUGUAUCUUGAAAUGUUUGAAUGGUGGACGAUGAAGAUACGUCGCAGAAAUGACGACUAUUGAUGGGUGAAUGAAUAUGAAAUCGUUGAUGAUGUGCAGUCUGACGAUGAGGAGAUUGAAGAAGACGGGGAUUCAAAGAAUGCUGCUGAAAAUAGUUCAGAGGAGACUGGGAAAAAAGCAGCCAGCAAACAAAAGAGGCAUCACUUUCCUUCCAAGGAGCACCCAGUGCCGUGCGAUGUCUGCAAUACCUUGUUCACGCGGGCAGAUGCCUUACGGGCCCAUAAGGCAACCCAUACGGGUGAGACACCUUACACUUGUAAAGUGUGCCAAAAGUCAUUCAUGAAGGCGAGGUACUUGCGUGAACACAAGCGGUCACAUACUGGUAAGAAACCCUUUGCUUGCGAUCAGUGUUCAAAGACAUUUACAAGGUCGAAUUUCCUCGCGGAGCAUCGCCGCGAGCAUACUGGGGAGCAACCUUUCAGGUGUGAAGGGUGUGGUAAUUGUUACAAGAAAUCAAGGUACCUGAGAGAUCAUAAGAAGUCUUGCCGGAAGCUAAAAGCAGCAGUUGUUAAAGCAAAAGGCAAGAUAAAGGGUGUAGUGUAAGUUAAAGAACCUUUUAAAAUGGAUGUUCAAGCAGAAUAGAUUUGUGAUUAUGUGAUCAUUUCUACUGCUUCGGUACUAUCAAACAUUUUGUGAAUGGUCCCAUAGAAGCAUUGUUUUUUUUUUCAAUGUAUAUAUUAAUAAUGCCCAUUCUCAUGAGAUAACAAUCUCUUUGGUGUGGUUCAGUGAAAUGUAAAAAGUCGAGAUGUCUAUAUCCACCCUUUGGCGAGAGUUGAAUGAUGUUUAAAACAUGAUGAGUUUUUGCGUUGUGUUUAUGGCAGGGAUGAUGGGUUGAAACCAUUGUUAUCCCAUGUAAUCUUCCAAAUCGUCAUUCUUCUCUAUAUUAUUGUUCAGAAAAGCCAAAUACAUUAUAUGUACUGGAUACCCGAAGUUGUGGUAUUUUGCCACUAACUCCAAAUGAGAACAUUCUUGCUUAAUUCAGGAUAUGAAACUGCAGCCCUUGUUUGUUCUGAAUCUGCCAUUGCUCCAAAUCCUUGGACCACCAGGGUUGGUGCUACUCAUUCAAUUUUUUAAUGUAUUUGUAAUUAAUGAUACCUCGACGAAAUGCAAUUUGGAGUUGUUUAAAGAAAGUUUAAAAAUGAAUGCAAAGUAAAUUACGUAUUAUUUAUGUAAUAUAGCAUAACAUUUUAAGUUAAAAUGUUUACCAUUGAAUAUUUAAUGUCUUGAGUAUAACAUCCUAUCAUAUUUGUUCAUUGUGAGAGUAAAAAUUCUAAUAAAAUUGUUUAAAAAAUGAAAUCUCUUUUUUAAAUUGUUAUUGUCAUUUUCAAAUGUGUAUUUUUCAGUGUAAGAGUCUCAAACUAUGUAAAGGCAGUGAAUCAGUUAUUACACUUUUCAGAAGUGUCUCUCCAUUUGUUGGCUGUAUUUUAUAUUGCAGACCAUUAAAAUUUUACUUUGUAAAUGCUCCUUUGGCUAACAUUUAUUUUAAAUUUUAUUUUUAAAAUGCUUUAAUUUUUAAUCACUAAUUAAUCCUUAUUAAUACACAAUUUGCUUAGAGGGCAGUUGUGCCACAAUAACUUCAUCCUUAAUUUGGGAUCUAUAAAAUCAUAUUCUUUGUGGUUUUUGGUGUUUGUAUUUGACUAAAUAGUGAAAUAUCGUUCAUAUG